GAGUUUUCAGCUGAUGAAGGUUUUCAUUUGUGCAAAUUCUUGUCAAGUAGCCAAUUAACAUGGCAGAAGAUGUUCCAUAUACCGUUCUUUCCUGGGGUUUCUGCAUGUUAGUUGCCCGCUUGAUCGGUAUUCUUCAGAUUUUCAACAGCAACAAAGCUAUUGUCAAGGUUAUGAAAACACUCGAUGUGCGGCGCAGUUGUCAACGCAUUGUCUUUUUCAUUAAUUCUGAAACAGUGCAGCGAACCCCUAAAAUCCCGUUGAUCCCAUCUUUCUGAUCUUUCUUUAUUCUUGUAGGUCUACUACGAUUAUGCUUAAUUCGUGAUAUUAAUUUUAGCUUUGGCCAAACGCCCUUCAUUCUUGGCAUUUCUUUGCUGCUGGUCAGUAUAUUUGCAGGACAGACAAGUCAAAUCAAUC